GUGUUAUCUGUCCUUAUUAGAAAGGCUACAUAUGUAUACUUGUACGUGUAUGUGUAUAUGUGUUAAUUCAAUAUGUAUGUAGCUUUUGGGAAUAAGCAUAGAUUUUUUUGCUUUUAUUGUGAUACCACUACCAGCAUCUGCGCUAGGCGCCGCGGCUGUUGAAGUUAUGACAGCAGCUUUAUUGUCAAUAGGCUUUGCUUGAGAGCUUGUCUGCUUGCCGACGUAAAUGUAUACAUUUUCUCGUAUUUAUGCCUACGAGUAUGCCUUGCUGAUUGAUUGACUGACUGCUUUAUGCGGCGAUGUCUUGGAGCGUUGCAAUUUACUUUGUGCACAACGCCAAGCAAAUGAUCGGCGUCUGCCGCCUGUCGGGUGCCGUCAGCGUCAGCGGCUUGUCGCCGGUUCCUAUGCAAUAGAUACUUGCAGUGGAUAAAAAUCACUCAAUUUCAAUGGUAAUUGAUACAAUGAAUUGUUGGGAGACCUUUGUUACUACGGCUGUCUUUUAUCCGCCUAUACAUAUCUACGCAUAUAUAUAUGUAUGUGCAUGUACAUAUAUUUUUUGCUACUAUUACAGUAGCUGGAAACGUUGACUUCCAAUUAUGUACUAUGUGGUUUCAUUGUUGGUUUUAUCUGUACCGUUGUUGUUGCUGUUGCUUUGGUAGUCGAAGUCAAGCUGGUGUUACAACAAUAUGAGACUGAAAUAACGUGGCGCCAAUCAAUUGAAAAACGGAAAAUAAAAUAUGAUAAUUGUAUAUACAUACAUACAUACAUACAUAUAUGUACAUAUAUGUGCAUGCACACAUGUGAAAUAAUAUGAAAGUGGCUUCAUCGGAAAAUGUUUACUCCGUAAAAUAAAAGAAAUCCUUAUUUUAAUUAUCAACAAUUUCUUUAAUUUGGCUGGUUUAAUUGAGCACGGUUUUUUGGUCAAGUCAGACCGGUCCACCGUAAGCACAAAGAAUAUUUAAAAAUUAUUUUGAAAUGAUUUCCGGAGAGCUUUACAUUCUCGACGAGUGGCGACGGCAAUUAAUUUUUUUUCUUCUAUAACUUUGGAUUUUGGUCGACUUUUCGCCCGAAAUCGCAUACCGUCUUUAAAUGAGACUUCUUUAAAGGACCCGAGCCGACAUUUCAUCCGUUGAAAAUAUCAGUAGCCAGAAUGUGCAAAGUCUGAACAUUACAGUGAGUAAGGGAAGACCUCAUUACAUAAUUUUUACGUAGUUUUUGACCGUUGCAGCGACGUGGAGCCGAUCGUUGUCAUGUUGCAAAUUCACCUUGUCAUGCCUUUCAGCCGUUUAAGACCGCGUUUUAAGGCAAUGAACAGCUUUAAGGCAUUAAUUGUAGUCGAUAAGUUUCGACUGGUUUUAGAAGCUCAUAGUACGUAGUACGAGCCCACCACACCCGUCUAGUUCCACCAUAUCGGAAUGUUGAGUGUUUUUAUUCUUGGGAUUAUCGUAAUAUAUUCACUUUUUAUCUCCUGUCACGAUUCUGGCCUCAACUCGCACGGCAACCAAUUUCCUUGCUUUAAAUAGAUCCAAACUGCUUAAGCCGAAUGUAAAUAGCUUGAUGAGUCAUUUCCAACGAUUCUGCUAGUUCAGGAUCAGGGUAAAAACACUCAUUCCCCUCGACACUAAAAUCACCAAUUUUCAAAAUCUCCGCAUAACUAAUAUGUAGGUCGGUGCAAAUAUUUUGCGAGUAUUGAGCACAGAAUCUCAGAGACCGAUAUAUAUAAAUAAAAAAUCUAUGCAGGGCUUUCGCAGGCAAAGAAUCCAAUAUCUUCGUAUACUCGUAUAUCGCUACUCUUACUAAGAAAAAGAAAAAUGUAGAUUGUAUGUGGGAGUCUGAUUCUACUAAACCAACAUGGUUUUAUUUUUCAAUGGAGCCGGUUUCUACGUGGCGGGUCUCAAAGUAAACAUAAGUUUUUACAGCGAAUACGGCUGUUGGAGAGAUGAGCUGUACACGAUAUGAUAUUGACAUAGUUCAGCGAAUCGAAAAACAUCGGCUACGCUGGCUAGGUCAUGCGGUCCGGAUGAAAAGAAUACUCCAGUUUUGAAAGUUUUCGAUGCAGUACCCGCUGGAGGAAGUAGAGGAAAAGUAAGACCUUCACUCUGUUGGAGAUACCAGAGGGCUCACAUUGUAAUGUUUGAGUUGAUUGACAAAGUUCAAAAUCGUGUUGAUGCCGGUUAAGGAACAUCUUUCAGCAAGACAAAAAAAAAGUUAUUUGAAAAAAAAACAUCAGCUGAUCACAGGCAAGCAAAAGGUUUUUUAAUAUAAGACCAAGGAGCAAAUACAACUUCCUAAAAACAAAAUGGAGCUGUUUGCUUAUAUAAUACCUUCAAUUUUCCAAUGGCUAUGCAUGUAUGGUACAUCUUCGGCCAAUCUCCUGUACGGGCUGCAUUCCGAUGAGCUCAAGUCGGGCACACUGAUAGUUCCGAAACGAGUCAAUGAAAACGGAGAAUUUCUCACCUACGAUUUGUCAUAUCGUCACGAUCAAAAUUAUCGGCACGAACAUAGUCGGAGGCGUCGCAACAUAGCUAAAAACUUCAAUAAAGUACAUUAUAAACUGGAUGUAGCUAAUGAAACGAUACAUCUUGAUUUAGAACCGCACAGUUAUUUUAUGGCUCCGAGUCUGGUAAUCGAGAGACACCGGCGAGAUAUCCGUACUCGUAAGACAACAAUAGGAAAUGCAGACUGUCACUUUCACGGAAAAGUGCGUGGACAUGAAGAGUCAAAUGUGGCCAUAUCGACCUGCGAAGGGUUGGUUGGCCAUAUAAAAACAAAAAAUCACGAGUACUAUAUUGAACCCUCGAAGAACGAUCGCGCUGACACAGUUAAGGGACAUCCGCACGUGCUAUUUCACAGAUCGUCAUUAAAACUGAAAAGAAAGAAUCGCAAAUCAAACCGCAAGCAUAGGGAUGAGUUGGUAAGCACUUGCGGCACUAAGGAACCAAAAAGAUAUUCUGGGACACGUCUGGAAUGGCAAGCGCAGGGCAAGGUUAAAAUACAAGGUGGUAGAAAAAUACGUCAAGGAAAUCCUCACCAUGGAAACCGUCGCCGACAUCAGCACCAUCUCUAUCCCUACAAGGAAUUGAAUUCAUUUGGAAGAACGCAAAAGAGACAACUGAAAAAAUAUCAACAGGAUAUCGACCAGCAGACAAAAUUUAAAUACGAAACUCACCUAAAGGAGGAAUUCAGACCCACCCACCACAUCAGUUCCGACUUGAGUUUACAAAGUGGUAGUGAAAUUUCAAGCCAUGUGAAGAGCAUACAUGACAAUGGCAAAAGUGUUAUGAGCAGAAAAAGCGACAGAAAACGCGCGAAACGUUCAAUUAGCAGCCCACGUCAUGUAGAGGCGUUGAUUGUUGCCGAUGCGACGAUGGUAGCAUUCCAUAGCAAACUGGAGACAUAUCUACUUACCAUAAUGAAUAUGGUGUCAGCACUCUACAAGGAUCCCAGCAUUGGUAAUUUAAUUGAAAUUGUUGUCGUCAAAAUGAUUCUUCUCGAUGAGCGCGAAGCACACCCGGAUCUUAAUCUGACACAAAAUGCGCAAAAAAAUUUGGAUACAUUUUGUAGGUGGCAGCACAAUCUUAAGAAGGACAAUGACAAAGAUCAUCAUGAUGUUGCAAUUCUUAUCACUCGUACAAACAUUUGCGGCAACAAUUGCAUGACACUUGGCUUAGCCAAUGUGGGUGGCAUGUGUAAGCCGAAACAGUCAUGCAGUGUUAACGAAGAUAACGGCAUUAUGCUGUCUCAUACGAUAGCGCACGAGUUGGGCCACAAUUUCGGAAUGUUUCACGAUACGGCGAAAAUCGGCUGUCAUCCUCGAAUAGGAUCCAUCGUUCACAUAAUGACGCCGACGUUUGGUGCCGAUACCUUACAAGUUUGCUGGUCGAAUUGCAGCCGAAAAUAUAUAACACAAUUUCUGGAUCAAGGUCUCGGCGAUUGCUUAGAUGAUGCGCCACCGACGAGAGAAAAAUACGCUUACCCAGCUUUGCCUCCAGGCGUACUUUUCGACGUCGAAACACAAUGUCGUUUGCAGUUCAACUUAACCGAGGCGGACAUCAACGCGUCCUCAUGCACUUCUAUGGAUGAAAUUUGUUCAACUUUAUGGUGUAGAGUAAAUGGCGAGUGUGUGACUAACAUGCGUCCAACGGCGCCAGGUACUAAUUGCGGCGUUGGAAAGGGUUGCCAGAAUGGAAAAUGUGUACCCAAUGUGGCAGCUUCCCCUGUCAAUGGUAGCUGGGGCGCUUGGUCUGAGUGGAGUGAGUGUUCCAGAACUUGUGGAGGGGGAGUGUCAACGCAAAAGCGUGAAUGUAAUAAUCCGGUUCCGGCGAACGGUGGACUUUUCUGCAUUGGUGAGAGAAAAAGAUAUAAAAUCUGUAACUUUCAAUCUUGCCCACCGAAUGAAGUUAGUUUUCGUGCGAAGCAAUGUUCCAAAUAUGACAAUGUUUGCUACCAAGGCGGUACCUACAAAUGGCUACCGUAUUUCGAUAAUAAGAACCCUUGCAAGCUGUUAUGCACAGAUUUUGACGAUACAAUUAUAGCCAAUUGGGGAGAAACGGUACAGGAUGGAACUAAUUGUGGUGUUGGAACCAAUAAUAUGUGCAUCGAUGGAAUUUGCAAGAAAGUCGGAUGUGACUGGGUUGUAGAUUCCGACAAGCAAGAGGAUAAGUGCGGAGUGUGUGGAGGCAAAGACGAUAAAUGCAAAUUUAUAAAAGAACAGUUUGAGGAAAGCCUAAAUGUUUCCGAUGGGUAUGUAGAGGUCGUAACUAUUCCGGCGAAAUCGAGGCAAAUCAUUAUUAAAGAAAUAAGCAAUUCCGAAAUAUUUCUUGGAGUUUCAAUGGCGAAUAGUAGUCACUUCUACUUGAAUGGCGAUGGUCUUAUAUCAAUGCCGGGAGAGUUUCAAAUUGCAGGUAUAGAGAGUUUAUAUGACCGAAUAGACGAGAAAGAGGUGAUAAAAAUACCUCAACCAAUUGAAAAUGCCAUAACAGUACAUAUUAUUGUACGGGGAGAUGGCUUUAAUGCAAGCAUCAAUUAUGAAUUCGCUCUGCCUGCUCUUAACAACACCGAAAAAGUAGUGUACGCGUGGAAACUGGGAAACUGGACCCAAUGUACUAGUAGCUGUGGGGGUGGUGUUCAAUACCGGAAAACACUAUGUUAUGCAAACGGUGAAUUGACAUACAAUGACGAAUUCUGUUGGACAUUCGCUCAGAAUAAGCGACCCACGAGACGUAUACGAGUUUGCAAUAAACAUGAAUGUCCUUCACGUUGGUGGGUAGGACCGUGGCAAUAUUGUCCAGUCACAUGCAAAUGGUCGGAGGGCGUGUUACCUGUGCGACGUCGCACCGUCAUGUGUCUCGAUCAAAACGAGGUGGUAGUCGAAGAUGAUCGUUGCAAUUCGACUGUGAAGCCACUCAGCACAGAGCCCUGCAGUCUUAAUUUGCCUACAUGUAAGGUAAGCGAAAAACUGGAUAAUUUGAUAUUGCGAGUUCAAAAUCUAUGAAGUAUUAAUAAACAAAUGAAAACCAAUAAAACUCACAACUCUUCGAAAACGAGUUGAAAAUACACACAUAUAAUGUAAUAUAGAUCUAAUAUGUUUAUUUAUAUACAUACGAGUAUGUAUCAGUAACAAUUGUUUAUAUUUUUGCAUAUUUUAUUGCUAGUAAAUAAGCUUCUAUUGUACUUAAAUAGUAUGUAGUUACAAAUAUUUAAUGUAGAAGUAGUGUGAGACUAUUCUAUAGUUUAGUUUUGCGCAAUUUGCAAUGUACCGUCAAAUUUAGGUGUAUGUAGAUAUUUAAAAAGAUUGAGAAAUUGAGCAGUACAACGUAUUUUGACAUUUUAUUUAUUCCUCAAAGGAUAUGUAAACCAUUGAUUAUCGAUUUCGCCUAACUAAUCCUAAUUCUGUCGGAGCGAAUUAUUAGUUUCAUAAUGUUUAUUAAAAGAUAAAAAUAAUAUAGA